AUGUGUCUUUUCGGCUCGGGUCCAAAAAAAUUACCAACUGGCUCUAUUCGGCACAAGAAGCCACUCAUAAAGAAAAAAGGCGUUUUUGUAAUCGACGAGAAUCAAGAGCUAGAAUUGGCAUCGGAAGCAACAGGCAUUGAGCUACAUUCAAAUGGAGACGUCAAUCGACAGCAGCGAAAUUUAAACAUUUUGAAAGAAAAACAACCGGAAAUAUUUGAGAUCCAAAUCACUGUCUCUGAUGGAGAGCGAGAAACAACUCAAGACAGCUACUUAAAAUACACGAAUUUGGAAAGAACGAUGAGUUACCUAGGGAGCAUGCGAUCCAAGACUUCUUUGCUUUCUCGGAUGUCUUCUUUGAAUGUCAAGAGCGAGGAAAGUCUUCAAAGUGAGAACAGUCAUCGAGAGAAAAUCUCAAUCAAAGACAUCUUCGACGACAUUGGAAAAAGCAGGGACGACGCAGAAGAUUCAAGAAAAACUCUUUCCCUGGAAGUCAAUCGCAAGUCAGCAUUAAAUUUAAGAUCGCACACGAAUUCUACCCUGAAACUUUCUCCUCAUCCUUCAAACAAUCUUCUUGUAUAA